AUGGCUCCUAGUAAUGUCAAAUUUCUACCUGGUGGUGUGCUGUAUUCUGACGGGCUUCUAGAACCCCGAAAGACUCUAAAACCCAGAACAACCCGAAAGACUCAAGAGAUCCGAAGGAUCCAGAACCCGGUCCCAAAUGCUCUUCGUGCAAUCAAAACCUUAACAGCCUUCUCCAGAAGAAGCCACAAGAAAAUCGAUCCUAAGUGUUAUGAUUGCUCUCCCAUCAUCACCCUUGUUGUAGGCGGAGAAGAGGUGCAGUUGAAGGCCCACAAAGACCUACUGGUCGUCCAGUCGGCAUUUUUCACCACAUGUCUGGCUGCAGGCAUGCGAGAGAGCUUGGAAAAUAAGAUAGAAUUCCCUACAGACGAUCCGAUGGUCUUUAGAAUUUUGAUUCACUGGUUGUAUACCAGACGCUUGCCAUCGGUUCGAAAUGAAGACCAGAAUCUCAUCAUGAUGAUGGCGUGGAUACGAGUAGACCAGCUUAUGAUGCUCCGCUUCUUUCCAAACGAUCUGAUCGAUGAGAUAGCAAAGUAUUGGCAAAAGAACCUGGUGUCUCCUCGAGAAUUUACCCUGGUCUUAGAUCACCUCACACCCCAUCAUCAACUCUACCGCCUGGCAACAGAAUGCUUCGUGCACGACAGCACUCUCAAGCCGAGGCAUUACGGCAACAAUGACGGUAGCAUACAGGCUUGGGGCCCUCAGAUGAAAGCAAUCGUCUCCAGAUCUGAUUUGCCGGUGGAAGAGAUGGCCAACACAUCAUUAACAGUAUUGAAUGUUUCACAAGCUAAACGGGGUUCUAAGAAACCAGGCUAUCGCCCUGAGGACUACUACAUAAGAGAUGGUACGAGGCAGCCAGCAGCCAGAUAA